AGUGGCGGAGGACUGUACGGGGUCCAAAAAUAUAGGUUUCCAGACUGCCAUCCUCCCCGACUACAACUUCUAGAAAGACUGAGAAAUCUUUCUCCUUCUAGAAAGACAACUGGAAAAAUAAAGGGAGGGAAGACAGCAGUAGCAGAGGGGAUGCUGGAAGGGAAGGGAAGGGUGUUGGAGACGGACAUGCCGGAGAGGAUGGCGGCGCAGGCGAUGUCGUGCGCGUCGCAGGCGCUCGACAUCUUCGACGUCGUCGACUGCAAGAGCAUCGCCGCCUACGUCAAAACGGAGUUUGACAAGAUGUAUGGGCCAGGGUGGCAGUGCAUGGUGGGAUCCAAUUUUGGGUGCUUCUUCACCCACAAGAAGGGCACCUUCCUCUACUUCUCCCUGGAGAAGCUCCACUUCCUCAUCUUCAAAGCUGCUGCUGCUGCUGCUGCUGCUGCUGCUUCUGCUUAAAGCAGAAGCCCAUGUUAUAUGUAUACCACACAUAAUACAAAGGAGAAAUAUGUAGUACACUUAUUAAAGAAGUAAAAAAGAAGCUAAUUUCCUAACAUGCUUCAUGGACUUUGUUGAUAGGAUACUACAUGUACCUGUGUCUUUAUUAUGUGUCUAAACUCCUCUGCAUUUUAAACCUUUUUCGUCGAAA